CCCCUCCCCUUCCUUCUGGCUUGUCUUCUUCCUCCCCUUUCGCGGUCCGGGCAGGUUGGGGGGGUCGGGAACGCCUCCCGCGCGAGCCCCGCCCCGCCCCGCCCCGCCCUCCUCCCCGCCUCGCCCCGCCUCCGGCCCACUGGGCCAGGAAGGGCGGAAGGAACCGCCGGGGGCCAUGGACGGGGCCGUGAUGGAAGGGCCGCUGUUUUUGCAGAGCCAGCGUUUCGGUACCAAGAGGUGGAGGAAGACCUGGGCGGUGCUCUACCCGGCCAGCCCCCACGGUGUCGCGCGGCUCGAGUUCUUUGACCACAAGGGGUCGAGCUCUGGAGGGGGCCGAGGGAGCUCGCGCCGCCUGGACUGCAAGGUGAUCCGUCUGGCUGAGUGUGUGAGCGUGGCCCCCGUGGCCGUGGAGAGCCCCCCUGAGCCUGGCGCCGCAGCUUUCCGCCUGGACACCGCACAGCGUUCCCACCUGCUGGCGGCCGACGCGCCGUCCAGCGCCGCCUGGGUGCAAACGCUGUGCCGAAACGCCUUUCCGAAAGGCAGCUGGGCCCUGGCGCCUGCCGAGAACCCACCCAAGGUUUCUGCCCUGGAGAUGCUGGAGAAUUCACUGUAUAGCCCCGCCUGGGAAGGAUCCCAGUUCUGGGUAACCGUGCAAAGGACUGAAGCCGCUGAGCGUUGUGGCCUGCAUGGCUCCUAUAUGCUGAGAGUGGAGGCUGAGAGGCUGACUCUCCUGGGCGUGGGGGCCCAGAGUCAGAUACAGGAACCACUCCUUUCCUGGCCUUACACUCUGUUGCGUCGCUAUGGCCGAGACAAGGUCAUGUUCUCUUUUGAGGCUGGCCGCCGCUGCCCCUCUGGCCCUGGAACCUUCACCUUCCAGACGGCACAGGGAAAUGACAUCUUUCAGGCAGUUGAGACUGCUAUCCACCGACAGAAGGCCCAGGGGAAGGCCAGCCAGGGGCAGGAUGUCCCCAGAGCUGAUUCCCAUGACGGAGAAAUGGCAGAAGGGAAGGUGGCUCUCCCCCGGGGCCCCCAGGAGCUCGCGGGCAGCCCUCCAGCCCUGUAUGCUGAACCCUUAGACUCCCUGCGCGUUCUUCCAGGCCCUUCCCAAGAUUCCCUAUACUCAGACCCCCUGGACAGCACCCCUGCUCAGGCGGGGGAGGGGUUACAGUCACAGUUAAAGAAACCUCUCUAUUGGGACUUGUGUGAGCAUGUGCAGCAGCAGCUGAUAAAGGCCAAGUUGACAGACCCCAAAGAAGACCCCAUCUAUGAUGAACCUGAGGGCCUGGCCCCAGCUGCUCUCCGGGGCCUUUAUGAUCUGCCUCAGGAGCCCAAGGAUGCCUGGUGGUGCCAGGCUCGGGUGAAGGAGGAGGGCUAUGAGCUCCCCUACAACCCUGCUACUGAUGACUACGCCGUGCCACCCCCGCGGAGCACAAAGCCUUUCCCAGCUCCCAAGCCCCAGGGCCUGGCCUUCUCGGAAUCCGGUGCUGCGGCUGGCAGCGGCAGCAAGGGCCAUAGCUCGGACGCUGCCCUGUACAGCCAGGUCCAGAAGAGUGGGGCCUCGGGUAGCUGGGACUGCGGGCUCUCUGGGGCAGGGGCUGACGGGACUGGGGCCAAGUCAGAGGGCUCCACCUGAGAAGAAGGGCAAGGCUGGGGUUGCUGAUAGGAGGACCACGGGGAGGCGGCACUGGGGAGCAAAGAAACCUGUUAGAACCAGCAGGAACCAGAGGGGUCUGCGUGUAGAGACCAGGGUACACGGGGAGUCAAGGGAAGGAUGAUCUGUCCCAAGAGGUCAUGGAAGUGGGACAGUUGGCAGGGGCUCAGGGGUUGGAUCUGGGGGAGGCCAGCGCCUCUAAGUCAUCCCCACCAAAGGAAGGGCUAGCUGCUGGAGCAGUGCUAUAGAAAGGGGUGUUUGGUCAGACUAGGUACAGUGUGAGGGGCCUGUAUGGAGGCUAUAGGGAGGCACUGGGCUGUGUCUUGAUCCUUCCCCCUGCGUUGUUCUUUGCCAGAGAGAGAGAUUUUUUUAAAGUUGUAUCCUCAUUAAAGUCAGUUUGGGUUUAA